UACAUUCUUUGGGUAUCUGCUUAGUUUUCUGUAGAAUUUCGUUUCACUGCAAAUUAAAAUGCAUGCUUGUAAUCAUUACAUCACUUCAGUCCGGUGAUAAUAGUUCUGCGUUGACCUUUCUACGCUGCCUGCCUGUAGCACGUAGGUGUGUUAGAUAGAGGGGAGGGGGGUUCGUAGCACGGUAGGCGGCUACACCAUAGGCUCCCAUCUGCUCUAGCACCAUCGCUUGAUCCGGGGGACGGUCGCCUGCUUGCCUGGUUUUGUCCAUUUUUCCUGGUGUUUCAGUUUCAGUAGUAGUAGCAGCGGAUGCAGAUGGAAUAAACGACAACGAUAAGUACGGCACGGCCGUGCGGGCAUACGGGCGAACGAACAGCCGAUAGUGAACAGUAUUCUUUCGUUCUAGUCGUGGCUCGGUGUUGUUGGCGAGUGAACGCUCGUCAAUUCGAACACACAGAGGGCGCUGGAUUUUACCCCUCGUUUUUGUCGUUUAGUUUAUGUAGGAGGAGCAUUGAGGGCGCCACCAGGACUAAUCCCUCCAUAGGGAGUGGAGAGCGGAGCACGCAAUCACAUUACCUCGAUUCGAGUUGCCCGCCAUAGUCGCCAGGCGGCGCCACCAUCGAAGGUCGGAGAACCACCUGACUUAGAUCUAGGUCGUGGUUGGUUUUCUUCUUUGAAGUUCAAGGUCAGCGCCGGUCGCGGCUGCUAUGGCGGCGCUGUGAGCGCAAUGAGUACGGCCCGCGGCGGCAAACAACGACAGCAAAUGCUGCGACGACGGCAAGCAGGCACACAGACACACGCUCGCACACACCCAAACACAUACACUCAGAGAGAGAAAGUGCGCGCGUCGCACUAAUGCCGUUGCGGCGAAGGUUGUUCUGCUGUUGCCGACGACGUUGCCAUCACUUAAACUAGAAUUCACCAGAAGCAGCAGCAGCAUACAACCGCUGCUGCUGCGGCCGCCGCUAGUGACCGCGUUGAGCGGAACGCUGCUGUGUAUCAAACCGGUAGAGGGAGGGAGUGGAGGAGUGCUGUCUGCCCGUGCAUAGAUAGAGUGGGUUUAGUUAGCCAGCAGGCUCCGACAGAGGAGACGACACGACGCAGUCAGGGAGGGUUGAGAAAAAGAGCUAGAGAGAUGUGUGUGAUGGUGUGGCGGCCGGGCUGUGUACUCUCGACGAUGUGCUCCGCUCAUGUCUAAGGUCUCUCACCACCAGAGUACACCCAGAGUCAGUCGGUCGACCAAGUCAGCGAGCUAUCAAGCAAAUAGUCAGUCACUAUCCAGAUCUCGUCGAGUGCACGUCGCUCUAAGUACGACUCUUUGUCGAUUCGUGGUUGAUGUCCCGGUUAAAGUUUCGCUUACGGUUAAUAAUCGACGACUUUAACUCUAUAUUUUACUGCGUUAUUAGGCUUAUACUACCGAAGCUCAUAGGCGUUAGCUGCUGCUACUGCUACUAGUAACGAGCGUGAACUCUAGCGGUGCUUGUAGAACAACAAGCAUCAGCCAAGGAGUCGAAGCUCUGUUGAGCGGCACGGCAAAAUCGUUAGAUCCAUGGACAACGGUGGGGCUGUGUUGCGGUGUGUGCUGCGUCUGUGUUUGCAUCUGUUCGCAAGGACGAUAGGCCUAAUAUAAGAAGAGAGCCUUAGCAUAUACAAUAUAUAGCUGAGAGAAGGGAGAGACGUAGGCAAUAAUGAGCUUCUUGAAGCGGCAUCGUUCAUUAUAACAGUGCUGUGUAUUCUUGCUGUUCGUGCUGGUGCCUGCACGCGGCCUUACGUCACGCUGCCGUCGCGAGAGCAGCUGUUGCUGCUGCUGCUGCUGUCGUCGCUGCUUUCUUUUAUCAUAACCAGCAAGAGCAGGAUAGAGAAGGGACUAGGAAGGCGGAAGGUAGCGCAUUGGCGUUCGUUCGUUGUCUCUCGGCCCGUGAACUUGAACUGCGUGCACCUUGAAGCGAAUCAAGGGAUACUUACAGAGUUGAUUGAGCGGCAGCAGCGAAAGACAGCGAACGUCGUCUGUCUGUCUGUGUAAUCACAAACCCCGACAUAGGAUCUUUGCAACAAGUGAUAGAUCGUUGCUAUUUUAUAUUAUCUCUAUAUAUUUUUGUAAAUUCUUUUGUAAUUCAUCUUCUAUCUAUGCAUUAUCCAAGGACUAAGUGUUUAACGAUUAACGAGGUUUUGCGGUGAACGACCUCGUCUAAUCUCAUAUAAACAAUUGCAAUCAUCACAAGAGUGCGUGUUCAGUGUCGCGAGAAAAGUGCCGACCCAAUACCGGGUAAGCAAGCCCAGCCAUGCAAUCGGCACAGCCGGCCCCGGGCUCGAACCCCCACCAUGGAUUACUUUACUACACAUUGUGCGCCGGUAGUAGUGCGAUUAUGAAGCAUCGAAAUAAUCUGGCAGCGGUUAGCAACGCCAUUCACAAGAGCCCUCGUACGUUUUUCGAUAGUGCUGUACGUUUUGGCCGAGUGCCGAAACGCGAGAAAGCAAAGAUCCUCGCCGCAAUGCAGAAGGUCAAUGCUAACUCACAGGAGAAGCAGCUGUGUGCCGAACUUGAAGAUGAGAUGCGACUGUUCGAGACAAUCGUACGCGCUCACGAGGAGACGUGCGACUUUACCGCUGAAAAGGUAGCACCGAUGAUCGAGCGCGCUCGAGCCAAUCCCGUCAUCGCCCGUUGUCCCUCUGGCCUUGCAUGUCCACUCAACCCCCAAAGCCAUGAUGGGACGACGCGUUUCAUGGAGGAUUUCUCCGAGCGAUUUUCGCCGGCUAUUCGUGGAGUCGUCGAGUUCGCCAAGCGCAUUCCGGGUUUCUCGCUGCUCGCCCAAGAGGACCAGGUCACGCUGCUUAAGGCCGGCGUAUUCGAAGUGUUGCUUGUAAGGUUAGCCCGUUUAUUCGAUUCAGCAACCAAUCAGAUGAUCACUCUUAACGGUCAGGUCCUUCGGAGGGACUCGCUUCAUUCGUCAUCAAACGCGCGUUUUCUUUUAGACUCAAUGUUCGACUUCGCCGAUCGUAUGAAUGCUGUUGGCCUAUCAGACGCUCAGAUUGCCAUCUUCACCGCGACCGUCAUUAUUGCUGCCGAUCGUCCUGGGCUAAGGAACGCCGAGCUUGUGCAUAAAAUUCAACGUCGCCUAAUGGACGUACUACAGAAGGCAGUGUGCCCGACGUCGGAGGAUACCCAUGUGUAUGCCGAGCUAAUGAAGAAGAUUCCAGAUCUGCGCACGCUCAAUACUUUGCACUCCGAGAAGUUGCUCGCGUACAAAAUGGAGCCACAGUCGACAACGCCGCCAUACACCGCGGUGUCGUCGCCCAUCGAACCCUGGACGGGCGUCCAUCCUGCGCCGCCUGCGCCGGUCGCCCAUGAGCGUAACUCAUGGUCACCAAUUGCGUCACCACAUUCAUCGACAUCAACCUCAUCACUGGACAGCGCCCUGGCUUGUCCAUCUAAAAGCCCAACCCGUAGCAGUUCAUUCAGCUCGUCUACUAGUAGUUCAUCUUCGGCUGGCGAGUUAACGAUGGUUGUCGAUAGCAGUGUUGUAUAUCGUCCGUUCCGUGCGCGAGUUGACUCGCCGACAGACUCUGGCAUCGAAUCAGGUAAAGAGCACGGUAGCUGCACUCCAGCCACGUCGGUCUGCUCCUCGCCGCGUUCCACCGAUGAGGUGGACACUGUCGCUUUGCAGCCACAUAUGCAGUCGCAGCCGGCCUCAACGACAGCUGAUGAAGAUAUGCCGGUAUUGAAGCGGGCUCUGCAAGCCCCGCCGCUUGUAUCGCCCAAUCAGCUUAUGGAAGAGGCAUACCGUCACCAUAAGAAGCUGCGUGCAGCCCAGGCUGUACGGUUGCAUUCGCCGCCACCGGCGUCGUCCACGACGGGAGACUUAGCGACCGCUCACUCAACACUAGUUGGCGCAUUACAGCAAGCGCCCAAGUUCCUUAGCGAGCAGCAGAUGAAGCGUACCGAUCUCAUCCAUAACAUUAUCAUGCGUACCGAGGCACCUAUGCAGUGUCCAUUUAGCCAGCUGCAACAGCAGCCACAGAUGACAACUGCUACGUUGCAGCAGCAGCAACAACCGGUGACAUCAUCCUCACCUUCGCCUCCACCGAGCACCGCAAUCUCGGCGAGCGAAUCGCCCCUUAAUUUAUCGACAAAGAUGGUUAAGAUGGAGUCGUAGGACCUCUAUCUUGAAGGUUGAAGAACGUACUCAAGAAAAGCCGGGGACUACCUAAGAAAGCUUGCUAAAAUAGGACGCAGGCAAGCAAAUAAGCAUGUUCAAGUCGGCAGCUCUCGAUGUUGGUGAUUAGGAAUGGACACGGCAACGGGGCGUGUGAAGCAGCUCAGAGCUGAGAAGCUAGCAAGACUGCAAGAAAGUGCUAGUGGGUAAAUGCUGCUCAACUGCAAUCUAAGUCAGCUAUACGAAACAGAAACAGGAGUACGCGGGGCGUUUGACCCUGCUUAGUGUGCGCUAGGAUAACGAGGGUAUGGGAGAAGAACAACCUCGAGGUAGUACCGAUGCGUGUAGUGAGAUAAAAACGACCAGGGAAAAAAUGAUCAAUCCGUUGUAACAAAAUACGUAGAGUGUGACGAUGGCGUACUACCCCCCUCCCAAAGUGAUCUACAAUUGUCAUCGUCAACAACAGCAACAUGGGUAAUAAGCUGUGCGCAUAUGGCAAACGCAUAGCUUUUCGCCGCAAGAGGGUGAAAAGUGACUCUGCCCUCGAUGUUGUGUCAUCCUGUAUUCUUUUCCAGUUCUCCUGUUGAUCCCGGUUAAAACCAAUCACCCCAAGUAUUACUACACUUGUAUGAUCAAAUUCUAUCAUCAUUAUUAUUAUUACUAUUACUUGUAAAAUGAAAACCACUAUUUGUAAAGCGAGAGGGGAUAAGAAGCUAAAAGGCUAGUUAUAAAGUGCAAUGUGACCAGAGUCGCGCGCUUAGGACGUCUCGGACUGUGGAACAGGCCACUCCCUUUACCAACAACACGUCACUGUGAUACUAUCCUACCUAUAAAA